AUGGAGCCCGAGAGCCGGAGGCGGCAGCUCCAGAGGCUGGGGCGGGAGGCGGCCGAGUACUACCGAAGCCGUCAAGUCCCCCAGCGGCUGGAAGAAGCUCUCAACUCCCUCUUCCUCCUGCGCCCCGCAGACCUCUACGGGGACUUGGCUAACUACUUUUCUAAAUUUUCAAAAGCUCCAGUAAUAUGCAAAUUAGUUGGAAGAAAAGUCCUUGAUGGAGUUGGUCGACCAACGUUAGAAGUGGAAAUAUACUGUAUAAUUAAAAAUCAUGAGAAGAGGAUUUGUUCCACUAUAAUCUCUUCUCAUUCUCAUAUACUUGAAAAUACUUUAUCUGGAGCAACUGAGGCUGAUGAGAAAGAAAGAAAUGACUCUGUUAACACUGCUGUGGAAUGGGUGAAUGAGUCACUGAACACAAUGCUAAGAGACUUGAAGCCCACUGACCAGUGUGUAGUUGAUAAGAUACUUGGUGAAUAUUUUACCAAAAAAGCAGAAGAAAAAAAAGAAAUUCAGAAGAAAGAUGAAGAAGAAGCCACUCUUUCCCUUCCUUCAUGUAUUCCAUCAGCAACUGCACUAUCUGAGGGGAAAAAAGCAGCAACAAUAGGGAAGAAAGUGUCAAGUACAGAGAGAACAAUCCCACCUGCAGAACCCGUUGAAUCAGAGUUCUGUGGCAGCUUAGCCAUUGGGGGAACAUCACUUGCUGUAGCAAAGUCUGGUGCCAUUAUUAGCCGUAUCCCGUUAUAUUUGCAUAUUGCACUGCUGAAAAAUAAUCAGGAUACACCUAAGGAAAUGACUGUGCCACUGCCAAUGGUUAGUCUUUUGAACUGUGGGAAAUUUUCACCUGGAAAACUGAAACUAAUGAAGGAAGUUAUGCUUAUACCACCAGUUCAGUUAUCACUCAAACAGAGUAUAGAAAGGGUUCUGGAUAUUCAGAGAGAAAUGAUGAGGCUCUUGGAGCCUACAUGCAAAGCGCCCAGUCCUCAACUAGCAGACAGGAAGAAAGGCAGUGCACGUAGCACAGGAAAGAAAGUUCUGCCACCAGCCAUAAAAAGAGUUUCACACUUAGGCUGCCUAAUAACAGGAUGUGAUAAUCUAGAACAACCUCUACUCCUGGUGCAAACAGCUUGCAGCAACAUAGGUCUGGAGCUAGGAACAGACAUUUAUUUAGCAAUAAAUUGUGCUGCUCAUGAAUUGAUAGAUUAUCUUAAAGGAAAAUAUGAAAUACUCACUGGAGCAUUCAAAAGUCCUGAUGAAAUGGUUGAUAUGUAUGUGGAACUGAUUAACAGAUUUCCUUCUAUAAUUGCAUUAGUAGAUCCCUUCAGAAAAGAGGACAGACAGCAGUGGAAUAACAUAUGUUGUGCUCUGGGUUCCAAAUGUUACCUGAUUGCUGAAGAUGCAGCCACAAGUAUUUCCAAACUUACAACAGAUCAAGACAUGAAUCUACCAAAAUGCAGUGGCAUUGUCCUCAAAUAUAUUAAUCAAACCAAAGUAUCAGAUCUCAUAGAACUUACUGGACUUCUAGAUGGUCAAAGACAUAUUACCAUAUUAGGAAGUCCAGAUGGCGAAUCUUCUGAUGAUAGCCUUGUGGAUCUGGCUGUUGGACUGGGUGCCAAGUUUGUCAAGUUGGGAGGUCUUUCCCGUGGAGAAAGAGUGACCAAAUACAACCGCCUUCUUGCUAUAGAAGAAGAACUGGCCAAGAAUAGAACGCUACGGUUUGAAGCAAGCUUUGAAUUUAUUGAUUUUGCUGAAGAAACACAGCCAGAACAACUUUCUGAUGUACUCCCUUCCCCGGCAAAGCAGGAUUUAUUGCCUCCAUUGUCCUCUCAGCCAGUCCUGCAGGUUCAGAACCUGACUACGCAGCUUGCACAGGACAGCACAUUGACUUAA